AUGGAUCUGUACACAUUUGGUGACCAGAGAAUAGGGUUCCUGAAUUUGCAGCUGAAGAUGCAUAUACAUUUCUUGUUAAGUAGUCUGAAAGAUUUCUUCAGUAUAAGCAUAGAGAGUUCUACAUUGCUGGAAAAAGCUAUGCAGCAUUAUCAAACCACUGGCUCAGAGAUAUGGAAAGGUUCAGAAGAAAAAGUCGACAUGCUUGUAUGUGGGAUAGGUAGUGGUGGUAUCAUCACUGGUGCAGGAAAAUAUCUAAAAGAACAGAAUUCUAACUUAAAAUUGAUUGGUGUGGAACCAACUGAAAGUCCAGUGCUCUCAGGAGGAAAACCUGGUCCACACAAGAUUCAGGGGAUUGGUGCAGGCUUUGUCCCCAGUGUAUUAGAAGUAAAUCUUCUCGAUAAAAUCAUUCAAAUAUUAAGUGAAGAAGCUAUAGAAACUGCAAAGCAACUUAUGCUUAAAGAAGGCCUGUUUAUAAGUUCUCUAAUGUUUAUUCUCAUCAGUAACUUAUUUCUUCUCAAGAAACAUCUCACAUGUUGGAUUACUAGCUUGCUCUGGAGCGAUGUGUUAGAAAAGAUGCUUGUGUACAAAAUUGAUGCCAACAUGCUAGACUUUAUAUUGACUGAAAUAUGCUAG